AUGUAUAUUUCUGGAGAAACGGUUAAUUCAACAAGAAAUAAAAAAGUUAAAUCUCCAAAAAAUUGUCGAAAUCGAAAUAAAAAUAACACCCAAUUUUAUAAAAAAUAUCCUUCUGCUCCAUACUGGAAACCGCUCGACUUUCCAACGAUUGAUACUUCCCAGCGUGAUCUGUGGACGGAAUCGCUUUCGCAAAAAUUUGUGUCACAACAAAUUGAUGGUAAGAAGCUUUUGAAGAUGGAUCGAAAUGACUUAAUAAGGAUCAUUGGUUGUGCAGAUGGAGUAAAAAGAUUGGUUAUUUGGAUGUUGGAAGGAGAGGUGAUCAGGUUAAAUGGACGAUACGAAGACGAGGUUUAUUAUGAUCCAAUUGGGAAUUUUGGUGGGCUCGAUACACGUAAAACACCAGGUUAUGCUCUUCAAAAGAAGGCCGUCAAUGACGAUUGGUUAUUUCGAGAAUUCCUAGUUCGAAAAUUGGAUCUAGUACCACCAGCUCACAAUCUUCGUCGAUAUCUUUCCAGCCCUUUAACGUUACGAAUACCUAUACAAUCAAUUUAUCUUCAACUUUACCAAAAGACAAUUCCGGAAAUCUUUUGUUAUUUGAUCCCACAAGAACGAUGCUUGGAUCAGCGUAAUAACUUGAUGACAGCACCUACGUUAUCAUUGCCUUUCAUUAACGCCAUUAGUUUACCAUGUCAUGACACAGUGUUAUCAAAUUAUACGAUUGUUAUCGAUUCUCUCAUUCAAGGUACACUCUCCGUACUCCAUUUUGGAACGCGUAAAUGGCUUUAUAUGAAUCGAUCAGCAUCAAUUCAUUCUCCUGAAGAUAUAUUUCGUCCAGAUUGGAUGUGUUGGAUAAACGAACUUUUAUUAGUUUUUCAAGGAGUUCAACUUGCUGAAGAAACAGAUUGGCAAAUAGGAAUCACUUAUCUUCAUUCAAAAAUACAUUGGAAAUCAAUGUAUUACGGAAACUUACCAUAUACAUUUGCAUAUAUUUCCAAAGGCUCGAAACUACGAUUUUUCAUUUUUAAUCCGAAUCUUGAAGUGACAACACCGUUAACCCAGAUUUCACAAGAAUUUAACUUGGAUUCCAUAAUGGAUCGAUUUGGAAUUAUAAAAACAGUCAUUAACAUAUAUUCAAUUCUUGAAACAAUUUACAGAAAUUGGGAAAUUUAUGUUUCUAUAACGCAUAUACCUUCAAUAUCAUCACUUCAUCCAUUAUAUCUAUCUGUACAACGAAAUGGUGAAACUAUUAUCGAAUUUUUCGGAGAAUUUGUGAAAAAAACCAUUUCAUCGAAUUUAAUGAAUCGAUUUUUUAAGUUUGAAACAUUGUGCGCGAUUUAUAAUGAUACGAAGCAUAUCAAAAAUUUAGUGCACUGUGUGGAUAUUAACGGAAACUUUGAUUCACCCGUGAGAGGAAAAGAUGGUGCUUGUAGAAUACUGAUUCAACCAGUUGGGUACCAUUAUUAUCCGACAGAUGAGAAAGAAUGGAAGAGUUGUUUGAGGACUGUUUUGGAAGUGCUUCAUGACAUGCAUAAAGUCGGAUGGACGCACCGAGAUAUUCAUUGGGGAAAUAUAAUGAGACAUGAUGGUAAUGAUAUUAAAAAACGAGAUAAAGAUAGUAAUGAGAUAAAGAAGCAAACUAUACACAAUGAUGUGUGUGACGAUAUUGUUAUAGUGACGAAACGAAAUGAUAAUGAUGGUGAUGAAUGGUUGUUAAUCGAUCUAGAAAUGGGAGGCAAAGUUGAUGAAGUGUUAGACAUCACAUUGUGGGACCGUUGGCCUAAGAAAGCAGAGAAGGGACAAAUUUACAAAGCCUGUUAUGACGUAUGGCAAAUUGAGAGAAUGUUGCAUGAGGUGGGUGAUAGCGAAUUUAAAACGUUUUCCAAGUAUUUUUGGAAAUUUAGGGAUUUGUUACGAAAAGCAGCAAUAGACGAUGUCUCGGCUGCAGAAGCGUUGAGAUGUGAGUGGUUUGUCAUUGAUAAUGAUUUAUUCGAGGAAUAA